AUGUUCACCGGCGCUGAGAAGAGCAACACCGAGUACCGGGGCACCCUCAACGUGUCGCCGAGUCACCCAGAUGCUGCUGGAAAUGGCAAGCAUCCCACCUUCAUGGGCCUGAAGGGCAAGCCUCUGUCCCUGGCUGUGUCCAUCGUCGCCACCACUGGUUUCCUCCUUUUCGGUUACGACCAGGGUGUCAUGUCCGGUAUCAUCAGUGCCGACAAGUUCAACGCCUACUUCCCCCAGACCAAGGACGACAAGACGUAUCAGGGUUUCGUUACGGCCAUCUAUGAAGUCGGCUGUCUCCUCGGUGCCAUCUUCAUGCUCAUGUACGGCGAUGCCCUUGGUCGCAGAAAGGGCAUCAUUGCCGGUGGUGUUAUCAUGAUCAUCGGCGUCUUGAUCCAGGUUACUUGCUACGACGGCUCCCACGCCAUGGCCCAGUUCAUCAUCGGUCGUACGAUUACUGGUGUUGGCAACGGCAUGAACACUUCGACCAUCCCGACCUACCAGGCCGAAUGCUCCAAGUCCAACAACCGUGGUCUGCUGAUCUGCAUCGAGGGUGGUAUCAUCGCCUUCGGUACCAUGAUCGCCUACUGGAUCGACUAUGGCUGCUCUUACGGCAACCAGGACCUGUCUUGGCGUUUCCCCAUCGCUUUCCAGGUCUUCUUCGGUCUCAUCGUCGUCAUCUUCAUGUGCUUCCUUCCCGAGUCGCCUCGCUGGCUUCUCACCAAGGACCGUCAUGAGGAUGGUAUGAAUGUCAUCGCCGCUCUCCGUGGCCUCACUGUCGAUGACGAGGAGACCAAGCUCCAGGGCGCCAUCAUCAUGGACAGCAUCCGCGUUGCCGGCCACGCCGGUGGCAACACCCCGUACAGCGCUCUCUUCACCAACGGCAAGACGCAGCACUUCCGCCGCAUGAUGAUCGGUUCCUCUGCCCAGCUCUUCCAGCAGAUUGGUGGCUGCAACGCCGUCAUCUACUACUUCCCGAUUCUAUUCCACGACUCGAUCGGCGAGUCCCAGGACUUCUCUCUGCUCCUUGGUGGUGUCAACAUGAUUGUGUACUCCAUCUUCGCGACCACCUCUUGGUUCCUGAUUGAGCGCACCGGUCGUCGCAAGCUCUUCCUCACUGGCAGUAUUGGCCAGUGCCUUUCCAUGGUUCUCGUUUUCGCCUGCUUGAUUCCUGGUACCCAGAGUGCUGCGAAGGGUUCCGCUGUUGGUCUCUUCACCUACAUCGCCUUCUUCGGUGCGACGUGGCUGCCUCUUCCGUGGCUUUACCCAGCGGAAGUCAACCCGCUCAAGACUCGUGCCAAGGCGAACGCCGUCUCGACCAUUACGAACUGGCUCUUCAACUUCCUCAUUGUCAUGGUCACUCCGGUCAUGCUUGACAACAUCAAGUGGGGAACUUACCUGUUCUUCGCCGUCGUCAACGGCUGCUUCGUCCCGGUCAUCUACUUCUUCUACCCCGAGACUCGCAUGCGGUCCCUCGAGGAGAUUGACAUCAUCUUCGCCAAGGCCAACGUCGAGGGCAUGUCUCCCGUCCACGCUGCCCAGCAGCUGCCUUUCCUCUCCGACGAGGAGAUUGAGUCCAAGUCUAGAGAGUACGGCUUCUCCAGCGAUGACGAAGAGGCCGGCCAGACCAAGGCUACUCAGGGCGAAAAGGAGGCCGAGCUCGCCACCAGCGAGGGCGCCAUGAUGGGUUAG